GAGGCAAAGAUAUUUUAAGCGGUUUUCACGGUUGUUAUCGAAAGUUGGAUAUCGAUUUGAGGCGGUUUUGCUUUCUCUCUCAUUCUUUCGCGCGACUUUGAGAAUCUAUACAUAUAUGUUUUUUUUAUCUAGCUAAGGAUGAGGUUGAUAUCUCUUUAACACACCUCUGCUGCUUGUGCUUCCGCUACUGUUCAAUUUACUCAAUUCUACGAAUAAUAGAGAAUUUCAGAAUGGGUGAGGUGGUGAUGAGCAGUGGGGGAGCGAUGGAGCUGCACUUGGGGACAGAGGAGGUGGCAGAGAAGAAGAAAGGAACGGAGAAUAAGGAUGAUUCAUCGGAGGUGGUUCUGUGGGAGAAGUUUCUUCCAAGGAUGGUGCUUAGAGUUCUAUUGGUCGAGGCCGAUGAUUCUACGCGCCAGAUUAUUGCUGCGCUUCUUCGAAAAUGCGGUUACAGAGUUCUUGCUAUUUUCAAGUAAAUAGUUCUCUUGGGUGCAUUUUGGAGUUCUCGAUAUUCUUCUCCUCUUUUUUUUGAUGGUCCAGAAAAUGGAUUUACCAUUAGAAAAAAAAAAAUUGCAUAAAGCUUUAAUCUUUUGGAGGCAUAUGUGGCAGCCGAUAUUUGAAAUUGUCAAUGAAUUCGUGAUCAGGAUCAGGCAGAAUGGAAACAGAAAUAUUGCGGCUGCAUGAGUGUUAAGAUGACAAUAUACAAAUGUUGACGGUGGCAUUAUUAACUAGAGUACUCUAUAUCUGCAUCAGUAUUGUGCUUGAUUGUUAAGCAAGCCAUUUUUAGAUAAUAGUAUCAUCUACAGUGUUCUGCUGAUUGUUGCGUUUGAUCUCCUUUAGUUUUAUCUUGGUUUUUUUCAGUUUUUGUUUCUUCCAAUGAAUGGUCAUUAAUGGAGUUUGAUAUGAAUCUUAAUAUACUACGCAUUUAGGCAUUGGUAGUUGGUUGAAUCGUUCAGAUUAUUGCUCUUGCUGUUCUUGACUGAUACGUUCCAUGGUCUCCGAGUUGCUGCUGUUCCCGAUGGAUUAAUGGCAUGGGAAACCUUAAAGUGUAGACCCCAUAACAUAGAUCUCAUAUUAACAGAAGUAGAUUUGCCAUCAAUAUCAGGAUACGCACUGCUUACUUUGGUUAUGGAGCAUGACAUUUGCAAAAGCAUUCCUGUUAUAAUGAUGUCUUCACAUGAUUCAAUUAGCAUGGUUUUGAAGUGCAUGUUAAAAGGGGCGGCUGACUUUCUCAUCAAGCCUGUUAGGAGAAAUGAGCUGAGGAACCUGUGGCAGCAUGUUUGGAGAAGGCAGACUCUAACUUCUGGACAUAUUCCUCCAAAUUUACCCAAUGCACACCAUAAAGUUGAAGCCGCUUCUGAAAACAAUUCUACAAGCGAACGAUCAAGUGAUCAUGCAAGUUCUCCACUUAAAAGAAAAGAAUGCAGUGAGAAAGAGAGUGAUGCCCGAGUUCUUUCGCAGCUGAAGCAUAGAAGUCGGUCAAAUUUGAGCAAUUUUGAGAAAGAGAAGUGCAAAGAGAGUGUCAUAUUGGACAAAAACGCAGUCAGUCCCGACAGUAAAACUGGAGACUGGUCAACUCGAUUGGGGCUAACAAGUGUAUCAUGCAAUGACGCUUGUAAUCCAACUGCUCAGAAACUGGAAGAAAAUGUUUCUUGUGCUGAGACAAAAAUUCAAGAUGAAGGUCCAAGACCAGAAAAUGAUUGGGGAAAUGCUAAUACCUCUCAGGGCCACAAUAAUGAGCUGCUUGUAUCUUCUAGUGGAGCGCUUGAUUUAAUUGGUUCAUUUGAUAAUGGCGCAGAGCACUUAUAUGGAGAUAGGAGUAUCAAUAAUGACAUAAAUAAGUUUGAGCCCACUACGCAGCUGGAACUUUCCCUAAGAAGGUCUUUUCCCAACAACUCAAAGCAUGAUGGAGUAGAGGAGAAGCAUUUGUUGAACCAUUCUAAUGCCUCGGCUUUUUCAUGGUAUAACAGUAAGAUGUUGCAACCUCUUUUUCCUACAUCAACCAGUAACUGUACUGAGUUCAAGGAAGGUGCUAGUAAGUCUCCAGAGCUGUCAUCCAAUCGUCUUUCUCAAAAUAUUAGUGGGGUUACUCAAAGACAUAGUUCCAAUCUGAAUGGCAGUCAAGAAAGAAUGACUACUCUGUUCAUCGAUCAACCUGGGCAAGCUGAACUAGCACAUUCAAAUCCUCAACAGCUAAUUCCCGUCCCAGGGGUAAGGCUUGACAAUCUCUGUCCAGGAUAUGGCCGUGUUAUCUCUCCUGUAUAUUAUAGACAGGCAGGUGCGCCCCCAGCUUGGAGUCCCAAACUGGCCAGCCAUCGAGAACAGUCUCCAUUUAGUAUUUCUGUUCAGUCAAAUCCUGAACUUCAGGACUCUGAGCAAAAUAUUAGUCAUUUUGAUGACACAGUGACCAAUUCUGUGGACCAAAAAAUCCAUCAUCAGAAUAAUUGGGAAGCUGUGGAGGGACCCAAGCAUGGUUCAUCAGCUGCCGGUGAGAGUACUAGUAACAGCAUUUCUAAUGGCAUAGCAGAUCAUAAUAACAGCAGUGCAUGUGGAAGCUUUUGCAGUGGAUAUGAUGGAAAUGCUACAGUGGUUGUGGCAUCUGAGAAGGCCAUGGCUCCAGAGAGCUUGAAUGAUGGGAGUUUCCGUGUUCAUGACAGAUUCAGAGGGAUAGAUUCUCAUCGUUCGAGCCAAAGGGAAGCAGCUCUGACGAAAUUCCGACUGAAGCGGAAAGAUCGAUGCUACGAGAAAAAGGUUCGAUACGAAAGCCGGAAAAGACUAGCAGAGCAGCGGCCUCGAGUAAAGGGGCAGUUUGUUCGUCAAGUGCAAAAUGAGUCUCCAACGGCUGAUGCUAAUAACAGACCAUAAAACUCAUCAUUGCCUACAUGUCUAGUCGCUGUCAGUUACCUGAAUUGGAAAUGGCCGAAUGAUCAUCGUAAAAUCUGAAUGUGCGCGCGAGAUGCUUUUCUGUUGCUACACUAUGAGUGUAAUUUUUGUAUCUACCAAAACGGUAGGCUUGUAAUUAUCUAGGGAGAUUGUCGUAGUCCUCUACCACACUCUGCAUAAUCUGUUCGCUUGCUCAGUAGAACCUUUACAAGACUAACACGUAGUGUUUAGGAAGA